AUGAGAGGAGAGAAGCUGCUCCUACCCAUGAUCCUGCUGUCAGCGCUGACGAGUUUACUGCCAAUACAGACAUCAUACGGACAGCACUUGACAGAUGAGCCUUGCACUGUUCAGAUCCUUGUCCCCGGACUCAAAGGAGAACCAGGAGACAAAGGACAAAAAGGAGCACCGGGGAGACCAGGAAGAGUCGGCCCUCCUGGAGAGACCGGCCUACCCGGGGUUAAAGGACAGAAAGGCAUCAUGGGACGUUAUGGAAAAGUCGGCCCGAACGGAUUGAAAGGGAUCAAAGGAGACGUGGGCGAGCCCGGUCCGAGGGGCCCGAACGGAGAGCCAGGUGUUCCAUGCGAGUGCACGCCAAUGAGGAAGAUGAUCGGAGAAAUGGACAUUCUUGUGGCCCAGCUAUCCUCAGAGCUGAAAUUCAUUAAAAAUGCUGUUGCUGGCAUAAAAGAGACAGACAGUAAGGUCUAUCUGUUGGUGAAGGAGGAGAAGCGCUACUCCGACGCCGAGGGCUACUGCCAGACGAGGGGAGGGCACCUGGCCAUGCCCAAGGAUGAGGGAGCCAACACGGCCAUCGCAGGCUACAUAAGCGACGCGGGCCUGAGCAGAGUCUACAUCGGCAUUCAUGACCUGGACCGCGAGGGCGUUUUCACCUACGUGGACCUCUCACCCAUGACCACGUUCAGCAAGUGGAGGAAAGGAGAGCCCAACAACGCCUAUGACGACGAGGACUGCACUGAGAUGGUGGCCUCUGGGGAGUGGAUCGACGUGGCCUGCAAUCCCACCAUGUAUUUUGUCUGUGAAUUCGACAAGGACAGUGUCUGA